AUGUGAAGGGACACAACAUCAAAUGAAACUCAAUAUCUACAAAAUUCUCAAAAUUCCUAAUGAUCUUCAAGCCUGCAUGGCGUCCACUGAAUCCCCACCUUUCACUUUUCUGCCGAUUUCUCAUUCAUUUCUUCCCAAACCAAGAAAACCUGCAGACAAGAAUCACUUUCAAUCACAGCCCAUCUCUUCAACAGUCUUACAUGGAACUAUCACAAGAAUUCUACGAAGCCAUGAAAGCGUGUGGAUCUCUAAAAUCGAUAUCCGUUGCCAGAAAACGCCAUGCCCAACUUGUUUAUCUGGGAUUGGAAGCUUCCGUUUUCCUCCAAAAUCAUCUCAUGAAAAUGUACUUCGACUGUGGCUUGAUUGAUGAUGCUUGUCGAGUUUUUGGUGAAAUCAAGUUUCCUAAUGUUUUUAGUUGCAAUACAAUGAUUAGUGGGUUGGUUAGUUCGGGUCGUAUUGAGGAAGCAGAGAGGCUGUUCGAAGAAAUUCCCGAGAGGGACUCUGUUUCUUGGAAUUCGAUAAUGUCGGGUUAUUUCCAUAAUGGGGAACCUGAAAAUACCAUAAAGCUAUUUGUUUCGAUGGUAAGAGAUGGAAAUUGUACUCCUGAUGAGUUCUCCUUCUGUUGUGCAAUGAAGGCUUGUGGUUGUCUUGGGUAUGUCAAGUUUGCGCUUCAAAUCCACGGCCUUGCCACGAAAUUUGGUUUCGAAAAUCGUGAUUCUUUUGGUGCUUCGACAAUUGAUAUGUAUAUCAAGUGUGAUGCUGUGAGUUUGGCGGAGCGAGUGUUCUUCAGGAUGCAGAACCCAAGUUUGUUUUGUUGGAACAGUAUGAUUCAUGGUUAUUCUAAAUCACAUGGAGUUGAGAAGGCUGUUGAUAUAUUCAACCGAAUGCCCGAGCGUGAUUCCGUUUCUUGGAACACGGUGAUUUCGAUCUUGUGUCAACAUGGUUUCGGGGAUGAGUCUCUCAGUUUGUUUGUUGAGAUGUGUAAUCAUGGUUUUAGACCCAACUCCAUGACAUAUGCCAGUGUUCUUAGCGCAUGCGCAAGCAUAUUUGACCUGGAAUGGGGUACCCACUUGCAUGCACGAAUUGUCCGAAUGGGGCCAGGUUAUAAUUUGUUUAUAGGCAGUGGAUUGAUUGAUAUGUAUGCCAAAUGUGGACGUUUAGAAUUUGCACGCCGGGUAUUUGACAGCUUAACAGAACACAAUGCAGUUUCCUGGACUUCUUUAAUUUCUGGAGUUGCACGGGUUGGAUUUGACGAAGAAGCUUUGGCAUUGUUUAACCAAAUGAGAAAUUUUCAUGUUCCUUUGGAUGAGUUUACUCUUGCCACAGUUCUUUGGGUUUGUUCAAAUCAAAAGUAUAUUUCUGCGGGGGCUCAGCUCCAUUCAUUAACCAUUAAGAAUGGAAUGGAUUCCUCUGUUCCUGUUGGUAAUGCUAUCAUUACCAUGUAUGCAAAGUGUGGUCUUACUAAGACCGCAUAUAAUGCUUUCAAGUUGAUGCCAAUAAGAGAUAUAAUAUCUUGGACGUCAAUGAUUGCUGCAUUCUCUCAAAACGGUGACAUUGGAAAAGCACGGGAUUGUUUCAAUAAAAUGCCAAAGCGGAAUGUUGUAACAUGGAACUCAAUGUUAAGUACAUAUAUCCAGCAUGGUUAUCAGGAAGAUGGUCUGAAAUUGUACAGAAUGAUGCAGACGGAAGGGUUGAAGCCAGAUUGGGUUACUUUUGCGUCUUCCACCAGUGCAUGUGCAGAUUUGGCAAUAUUAAAACUUGGGACUCAAAUUGUGGCCCAAUCAGAAAAAUUGGGGCUUGCCUCUAAUGUUUCAGUUGCAAAUAGUGUUAUUACUAUGUAUUCAAGAUGUGGACACGUUGAAGAGGCACGGAAAGUGUUUGAUUGUUUAAACACUAAGAAUUUGAUUUCUUGGAACUCAUUGAUGGCAGGAUAUGCUCAGAACGGUCAUGGCAGGAAAGUAAUUGAGAUUUUUGAUACCAUGUUAAUGAUGGGUUUCACACCAGAUCAUAUUAGUUAUGUUUCUGUUCUAUCAGGUUGCAGUCAUUCAGGGCUCCUGGCUGAAGGUAAAUAUUACUUUAAUUCCAUGAUUGAAGAUUUUGGAAUCUCCCCUUCAUACGAGCAUUAUUCAUCCAUGGUUGAUCUACUUGGCCGUGUCGGGUUACUAGAGCAGGCUAAGGAUUUGAUUGAUGGGAUGCGUUUCAAGCCAAAUGCUGAUGUAUGGGGAGCUCUCCUUGGUGCUUGUCGUAUCCACCGCAACUCGAAACUAGCAGAAUAUGCAAUGAAGAAUUUGCUCGAGUUGGAUUUAGAAGACUCUGGAAGUUAUGUUCUUCUGGCAAAUAUAUAUUCAGAAUCUGGAAAGCUCGAAGAUGUUGCAAAUGUGAGGAAACUCAUGAAAGAGAAAGGUAUCCGGAAGAAUCCUGGUUGCAGUUGGAUAGAGGUUGAUAACAGGGUGCAUGUAUUUACUGUGGAUGACACAAACCAUCCACAAAUCCAAGCGAUUUACAGAAUGUUGGAGGAGAUAGCUAAGAGAGUACGAGAUAAUGGAAGGUAUAUAUCUGCUGAAGGUUUUGUUAAUUCUCAGAGCUACCACAGUGAGAAACUUGCUAUAGCUUUCGGGUUGAUCAGUUUGCCUUCUUGGAUGCCUAUCCAUGUAUUUAAGAAUCUUAGAGUUUGCCAUGAUUGCCAUGUGGCAAUAAAAUUGAUUUCCCUUGUCACUUCAAGGGAACUUAUAGUUCGGGAUGGUCACCGGUUUCAUCAUUUCAAGGAUGGAGCAUGCUCAUGUGGAGAUUAUUGGUAAUCCACGGCCUCCAAGGUUACUUCUUAUAUAUUCAUUAAUUCAUUCUUUUCAAAUCCUUGUUGACUUGUAGAUUUGACUGUUGUAUCUAGAAAAAUAAUAUAGUAAUACAUAUAACACCAGAUUUCCAAUCUGGCAAAA